AUGGAGGUUUGCGCGAAAUUAGAAAAUUUUUUGGAUGACAAUGAAUUAAAUACUAUUCCUGAAAAUGUCAAAGGAAAAAUAUCGGAUCAACUUACACACCUUAAUCAAUUGCUAUCUGAGCUACGAAAUGAAAAUGAGGAGAAAACAGCGGUAUUGGAGAGGCAGCAGUUUGAAUUUGAGAAAGAGCUUACUUCUUCACAACAACAGUUGCAAGAAAAGAGUAAAGCAUGUGCAAAGUUAGAGGCAAGGAUAUCAGAAUUAGAGGAAAGUUUCAAUACCAUUCAGAAACAAUUAAAAGAUCUACAGAAAUUACAUGACUCAACAGUUCUUGAACUUCAAACAUCCAAAAGAGAAAAGGAAUUACUCUGUCAGGAAAAAGGCAAUCUAACUGAGCAACUAGAGAAAAGAAGGGCUGAGAUUGAUAAACUAAAUGCUGAUCUGAAAAGUUUAUUAGAUCAAACCACUGCUGCAAAUGAAGCUAAAUUUGAAGCUAUUGCAGCUGCUGAAGAAGCUAAAAUCAAAGAAUCUAAUUUACAGCAUCAAGUCAGGCGAUUGGAGCAAGAAAAUGAAUUAUUACAUCAACAAAUUACAGAUCUAAAUACCGAAUUGGCAGAGAAAAACCACGAAAUUCAUACGUUAAAGAGAGAAAAGUCUAGUCUUUAUUUAGACUUAAAAUCAAAGCAUGAAAAUCAAGCUGAUGAGAUACAGUUGCUUCAGGUUAAACAAGAUCGUUACCAAGAACUUAUUGAGGAUAGAGACAGAAGAGUUGAAGCUCUGGCAGAAAAAGUUCGACUACGUAACCAAGCUUAUACUAAAGCUGAGGAACAAUUUAACAUGGAACUGAAUGCUCAGACAAAGUUGAUUGAACUUCAUAAAAAAGCCAGUGAAGACAAUCAGCAGCGUGUUCAAGAGUUGAUGAGAGCAUUUGAAGAAACACAAAAGUUAUUAAAAGAAUCAAAUGAAGCCUAUGAAGAAAUGGAAAAACAGGGUCAGAAAAUGGAAAUUUCUUAUAAAAAUCAACUGAAUGAAAAACAAGCAAUAAUAGAUAAACUGAAGGAUGAUCUCAAGAAAGCCAAGGAUGCUGCUCAAAUUUUGAAUCAAGAUACGGUUGAGAAAAUAUUUCCCAUUGCUGCCGCAACUAGUAAAGUUCUUCAUUCUGGUAUGACUUUAACUGAGCUGUAUGUGGAAUAUAUUAAGGCACAAGAAGAAUUGCAGCAACAGCGGAGCGAAAAUGCUUCUCUUGCACAAGAAUUGAAAAAUAUCGUUUCAGAGAUUGAAGAGAAAACUCCUAUUAUCAAUCAACGCAUGCAAGAAUAUGAAAGAUCAAAAGAUACAAUAUCUUGCCUUAAAAAUCAGUUGGCUUCUGCACUUACAGAUUACGAGAAACUGCUUGAAGAACGGAAUGAUGCAAAAAGGAUUAGUAAUUCAUUUGAAAGGGAGAAUUCAAGAUUGAAGUCACAAGUGUUGGACUUAAACAGACAAGUUCAAGUUUUGUUAAAAGAAGUGGAAGAAGCUAGAGGGGGUAGCAUAUCUCAUAAUAAACAAGAUGAAGAAGUAAGUUCAACUAAUGAUAUGACUGCAGAUCAAGUCAUUUCGCGACAUUUGGUUACUUUUAGAGAUAUUGAAGAAAUUCAAACAAAAAAUCAACAGCUUCUUACUGUUAUUCGUGAGUUGAGUGAGCAACAUGAAGAGUUAGAAAAAAAAGUUUCUACUGAAAUAACAUCUAAGUUUGAAAAAGAAAUUAAAACACUAUCAAUGCAGUUGGAAGAAAUGGUUAAAAGUCGAGCAAAGCAAUCUGAAAUGCUUGAGACAAUUGUUCGCCAAAGAGAUAUGUACAGAGUACUUCUAACCAAUCAAGGAUUUUCUGAGUCUCUUUUAGGACAACCUGGAGGUUCACUCUCUUUUUCAGAAAAGAGUCCAGGCAAAUAUUCUCCUGGCGAUCCACGCAUUAUGGAAUCCAAAAUGGCUCUGAAUCAAUUGCAAGUUGAAUUUGAUAAUUACAAAAAGGAAAAGAAUGAGAAUGAAAGAUUGCUGAAUGAACAACUGGACCAAAUGCGAAACGAUGUUUCAGAGUUAAGAAUUCAAAAUGCUAAAUAUAUCUCACAAUGUGAAUAUUCAGAAGAAAGAUUGAAGAUCUUGCAGUCAAAUCUAGACACUUACAAGAAGGAGUAUAUGUCAUUUAAAGAAAAAAAUGUGCAACUUAGUUCUAGCAUUGUUCAACAUCAACAGACUAUAAAUACUGUUACUCAGGAUUUAAUGGUUGCCCAAGAAAAACUUGCGAAGUCCGAAGUUACAAUUGAGAAUUUAAAAGCAGAAAGAGACUUAUUGAAGAAUGUUGAAUCUCGUUUGCUGCAAGAAAAAGAAUCAAUUGCACGAGAACAGCAACAUCAAACCAAGUUAAUGGCAAAUCUUCAAGCUGUUCAGAACAAUUUAGAACGUAUAGAAUCGGAAUCCAAGCGCAAUCUUCAGUAUCAAGUUGAAAAGUAUGAAAAAGAGAACUUGAUUUUGCAAGCUAAGUUGGACAAUGCAUAUGAAGAAUUGCGAUCUGCAGUUCAAGUUUGGGAGAAACAAAAUAAGGAGCUACAAUCCAAAUUAGAUACUGAACAUGAAAGAAAUCAAAAAUUACAUGGAGAUUUAGUUGAUGUAUAUGCUCAAGUACAUGGUCUUAAUCAAGAACUAUUAUCAACUAAAGCUCAACUUGCAUCAACCCCAGAAAAACGACCUCCUACGGAUACUACAAUUGCAAAAACUCCACAGAAGUCUCCAGGAGCAAAUGUUCAAGCGUCCUCUGAAAUAAAACAUUUGAAAGAACAAUUGUCUGAAGCACAACUAAAACUUAAAGGCUUACAAGAAAAGCUUGAUUUGACUUCAAAAAGUGCGGAUCAGUACUCCAAUAUGUGUCGAGAGUUAGAACUACGUCUAAAAGAGCAAGAUGAGAUUAAUAAGCAGUUGAAAGAAACAAUGGAUUCAUCAUUGCAAUCUAGUAAUAAAGCUCAAACUGCAUUGGAAAAGAGUCUUGAAGAGAUGGAAAAAACUAAUCGAGAAUUGAUUGAAGAAAACAUGAAACUUACGCAGAAUUCAGGCUCCCAGUCCUCUAAACUUCAGAUGAGAAUAGCAGAAUUGGAAAGAACUGUUGAAGAUUAUAAAAAUCAAGCUGAAAUUGCAAAGAAAAAUGCUGAUCAAACUAGAACAGAUUGCCAAAGCCAAAUAAAAAUAUUGCAUGAGGUGCAAGAGAAAUAUGAAAGAGAAUUGAUCCUCCAUGCACAGGAUGUUAAAGCUAUCUCAGAGUUAAAGGAAGAACAUCAGCAUUGUUCUCUUAAGAUUGAAAAAUUGACAGAAGCAGUAAAAAGAGCGGAACAAACUUUAUUAGAAAGUAAGGAGUCGUGGGCUCGUCAAGAAGAAACGCUUCUUGAAGAUUCCAAAGCUCUUCGAAAACGAAUUGAUGAUUAUGAAACCUGUAAUAAGAAUCUCCAUAACCAAUUAGAUUUGAUGGGUACUCAAAUGGCUGCACUGCAAUCUAAAAAUUGGAAUGAAACAACAUAUUCAAGUGUUCAAUCAGAUUUGAAGGAUACACAGCAUCUUCUACAAGUUAUUCAAUUUUUGAAGAAAGACAAGGAAAUAGCCUGUACUCAACAUGAUGUGGCUCAGUCAGAAAAUAUACGAUUGAAAUUGAAAGUAGAACAAUUAACAAGUGAGUUAAAUGAAACAAAACACGAGUUGAAAGAUCUGAUGACAAAUACACAAGCUAAGGCUGCAAGUGAUGCUCAACAUAGUGAACUAUUGAAAAAAAUAGAAAUGAUGAAUUUGCUAAGUGAAAGCAACAAUAUGUUAAGAAUGGAAAAAGACUCCUUGUUAGAAGCAAAAGCCAAAUUAGAAGCCAGGGUUCAGGAUUUAGAAAUAAAAAUUCAACCUUUAACUGAAAAAGAGAAGGAACUUAUGCAGCAGAUUGAUAUGCUUAGUGCUGAAAGUGCUGCCCUUCGAAUCGAAGUUAAGAAUUGGCAGUCUCGUACCAACCAGUUACUGGAGCAAUCACAUAGGAUUGGACCUCAGGAGUACAAAAAUCUCAUGCGGGACAUGGAAGAACUAAAGGCACAAAAGACCAGGCUUGCUGAGGAAUUGCAGAGGAAACAGGCUGAAAUAUCUCAACAAGCAGCUAAUGCAACUUCUCUAAAAAAAGAAUUAGAAAAUGCAAAAGCAGAAACAAAAGAGAAAAUUCAAGAAGUGCAAAAAAUGACGGAGGAUAAUGCUGAACACCAGAAAACCCUUUUACAGAUCAAAAAAAUUGGCAGAAAAUAUAAAACUCAAUAUGAUGAGUUAAAAGUAAUGUAUGAGGCACUGCUAGCCAAAUCUACUGCAGUUGAAUCUACCAACCAGGAACAAGUACUUCAAGACUUGCAGAAGAAAGUUGAUGAGCGUGAGAAACUUCUAAAAGAGCUGAGAGAAGAGAUAGAAAAACACAAAGAAAGUGCUAAUGAAGCUAAAAAGAAUGCUGAAACAGUGUUGGGUAAAGCAAAUGAAAAAGAAGAAAGAGCUAAAAAGUUAUUUGCACAGUGUCGCCUAAAAUAUUCUCAAAUGAAUGGUCAAAAAGAAGCUUUAUCUGAAGAGAAUAAAAAAUUAAAAGAAGAACUUGAAGAUUCUAAAAACCAACUAUCUACUUUAAGGGUUUCACAGGAAGAAACCUUGCAAAACAGGGCACAGGCUGAUGCCAGAAUCUCUCAUCUUGAGAAUGAACUGAGAAAGUCCAAAGAACUGAGAGUGAGUGAAAGGGAUUAUCAUCGAAAACAGUAUGAUGAGCUUUGUCAAAAAAUGGCACAGCAAAAACAAACUGUAAAGAUUGCACCUGGUGAUAAACUUCAUGUCAGCUUAGGAGAAAGAAGCAGUGGAAGUGAACCACUUACAGCUAACAUCAAACCGCUGACCUCUCCAUCAAGCUCUGUGCGGCAUUCUCCCCAUGCUGUUGCUCGUCCCACUCCUACAGCUAGCAUUCGGCCAAUGGCCAUUAGUACAACAGCUACACCAACUCAAGGUCAGACAAGAACAGCCACUGUACUGCCUACUGCUCAUUCAGAAGAACAAGCUCCUGUUUCCCUUUCUGUUCCUCAAGCAGCAGUGCAACCAACUCCAGCUACAGCCACAGUAGCACCUACCUCAGUGGGGGCAACUGUUCUUCCUGUGGUGAUGCCAAUUAUUGUACCAGAAGAAGAACGUAUUAGUGAAGCUCAUCCUGUUGUUCAUGUGGCUGGAAGUACGGCUGUUUCCUCACCAGUAACAGCUCUUGUUAGUCCCAUCAUUGAAGCUACAGAUUCAGAACCAGUAGCUGUAGACUCCCCUGCACCAACAACUUCUGUUAUUGUUUCUCCUGCUGCUGCUCAGACCCAAGUUGUGACACCAACUGUUAAAAGGCCCAGAGAUGAAAGUCCGAACUCCAGUGAUCUUCCAGAUGGCCCUCACAAGCGUGUGAGAAUGGUAUCCGAAGGUAGUCAAACAAAUCAGCCCCUGCCUCCUGCUUCAAAUGUGGCUAUUGUAUCAGCUGCCCAAGUCCAUGCUCAGCCCAGAAAACCUAGUCAGGAAGUCGCGACCUUUGAUGCCAAUCUGCCCUCUACUAGUGUACAAGCAGACAUUGAAGAUGCAUCGGUUCCAGCAUCAAUCCCAUCCUUGCCUUCUGCUGCAUGCAGUAUGUCUGAAGCAUCAGAGUCUAUUGUUCCGGUCUCUGAAACAGAAGAAGCUGAAAUACUAGAUGAAGCUGAAAAAGAACAAAACAUUGAAUGGGAAUCUCAAGGGAGGAUCACCAAAAUAGAAGAAGAUUAUGAAGGAGAAGUCAUGGAAGAAGAACCUGUGGAUGAAAUAGAACUGGAUGUUGAUGAGCAAAUGCAAGGAAUUGAUGCACGUUCUCCAGAUGAUGAAGAUAUGGCAGAAGAACCACAAGAUGAAGAAGAAAUGGUGGACCAACCUACGAAUGUGGACCUUGAUUUGGAUAGUCAAAUGGAUGCUGACAGUAGCAGCUUGCAAGCAUCUUCAACAGACUUAAGCAUGGCACCUCCUGCUUUUGUACCUUCUCUCGAUUCACCAAUGCGAUCUGAAGCACCACCAGCCAUAGAGAGUGUUGCCACUCCUGUGCCGCCAAGCUCCAUGUCCCUUCUUCCUCCAAGACAAGCACCUAUCUCCAGGCAACAUCUCACUCCUUUCACCAUUCCAGGCCAGGGAUCCAAUUUUGAAGAAGGGGAUGAUAGCAUUGUUCCUUCAACUCCAACACUUUAUGUUCCUAGAAGAAGAGAUGAUGGUUUUGCUGAAGCUGUUAGUCCUCAUGUUCCUCAAGUAAGGUUUUCAUUUGGAAGUUCGGAGAGUUCGCCUACGCAGCAAGGUUAUUCACAUUCUCAAUUAGCAACGCAAGGAGCUUUGGGAAUGGACGAUACCCGAAUGGACCUAUUUGAUGAAGGUAACCGCACAGUGCCUUCUACACCUUUGCAAGUCUCCCCUCCUGCUGAGGCUACGGUUCCUGAAGUGGGUGAAGGAGGACUAGAAAGUGAUCUUUCAAAUAAUGAUAUUACCGUUCCUGUUAUAAAAGUUGAUUUUGUUGACGAACCAGAUGCAGCAGCUGCUGCAGCGAGUGAAGAUAAAAGGGAACAACCUGAAUCAACUACUCCUGACACAGAUGAUAAUGUUCCAGAACAAGAAAGUGAAAAAGAAAGUGGUUCAGAUUCUACUCUGUUUCAGAUUGAAUCAGAAGCAAAAGCAGAAGUGUCAUCAGAAAGCAGUCAAGUUACUGAUGUUUCUAAAACUGAAGAGGUCUCUACAGACAGUGAAACUCAAAACAAAGAUACAUCUGGCCAAAUGACUUCUCAGCGUAAACCUAUCGUGUGGAAAAAACAGAAUGUUGAAGCUCCAACAACCGAAGCAUCUGAAAACGUCCCAACGAGCUCCACGGCAACGACUUCAACUUCUCUGCUGCCAUUGCCCACCAGGGGCCGCCCUCGUCUACGCAGACAGCGCUUCGCCGGCGCCGCUGCCGGUUAUGCGAGGGGUCGUGGUUCGGCGCCAACGGCCUCUUGGCCUGCGCCAAGAAGGGGCCGCGGUUCGCCAAGACGUCGUGCCAUGUACUGAAGAAUUAGAAUGACUUUCCACAAUUGAAAGAAAAUGUUCGCGUUGUUGCAAGAAGUUUUUUCUUUCAUACUUAUUUUUCUUGAAAUAUUUUAAAGCCAGUUAUGUAUAAACUGAAUAAAAGAAUUUUAUUUUA